UGACGGCCCUGUGAGCGAGCAGUGACUCCCCCCGUUUGCCCCCGCAGCAUUACUUCACCGUGAACUUCACCCACGAGAACCAGAAGACGUUGGAGCUGCGGACCGAGGACGCCAAGGACUGCGACGAGUGGGUGGCGGCGAUCGCUCACGCCAGCUACAGGAACCUGGCCACGGAGCACGAGGCUUUGAUGCAGAAGUACCUCCAUUUACUUCAGAUCGUGGAAACUGAGAAAACUGUUGCCAAGCAACUUCGACAACAGAUUGAAGAUGGGGAAAUCGAGAUCGAGCGCCUGAAGGCAGAGAUCGCCUCCCUGCUCAAGGACCACGAGCGCAUCCAGUCCGUGCAGAGCAGCGCUCCGAGUGACGACGACAGCGACAUCAAGAAAAUCAAAAAGGUGCAGAGCUUCCUGCGGGGCUGGCUGUGCCGCAGGAAGUGGAAGACCAUCAUCCAGGACUACAUCAGGUCCCCCCACGCCGACAGCAUGCGCAAGAGGAACCAGGUGGUGUUCAGCAUGCUGGAGGCCGAGGCCGAGUACGUGCAGCAGCUGCACAUCCUCGUCAACAACUUCCUCCGGCCCCUGCGGAUGGCAGCCAGCUCCAAGAAGCCCCCCAUCACGCACGACGAUGUCAGCAGCAUCUUCCUCAACAGCGAAACGAUCAUGUUUUUGCACCAAAUCUUUUACCAAGGCCUGAAAGCAAGAAUAUCCAGCUGGCCGACGCUCGUGCUGGCCGACCUCUUCGACAUCCUGCUGCCCAUGCUGAACAUCUACCAGGAGUUCGUCAGGAACCACCAGUACAGCCUGCAGAUCCUGGCGCACUGCAAGCAGAACCGCGACUUCGACAAGCUGCUGAAGCACUACGAGGCCAAGCCGGACUGCGAGGAGAGGACCCUGGAGACCUUCCUGACCUACCCCAUGUUCCAGAUCCCCCGGUACAUCCUGACGCUGCACGAGCUGCUGGCUCACACCCCGCACGAGCACGUGGAGAGGAACAGCCUGGAUUAUGCCAAGUCCAAGCUGGAAGAGCUGUCCAGGAUAAUGCACGACGAAGUGAGCGAGACCGAGAACAUUCGGAAAAAUCUGGCGAUAGAGAGGAUGAUUAUUGAAGGCUGUGAGAUUCUGCUGGAUACCAGCCAGACUUUUGUCCGGCAAGGGUCCCUCAUCCAAGUGCCGAUGUCGGAGAAGGGCAAGAUCACGCGGGGGCGCCUGGGGUCCCUCUCGCUGCGGAAGGAGGGCGAGCGGCAGUGCUUCCUCUUCUCCAAGCACUUGAUCAUCUGCACCCGGGGCUCGGGCGGAAAGCUGCACCUCACCAAGAACGGCGUCAUCUCCCUCAUUGACUGCACCCUGAUAGAGGAGCAGGAGAGCACCGACGAGGACGCAAAAGCGUCGGGGCAAGACAUCGACCACCUCGACUUCAAAAUUGUGGUGGAGCCAAAAGAUGCCUCGUCUUUCACAGUCAUCCUCGUGGCGUCGUCCAGGCAGGAGAAGGCUGCCUGGACCAGUGACAUCAGCCAGUGCGUGGACAACAUCCGCUGCAACGGGCUCAUGAUGAACGCCUUCGAGGAGAACUCCAAGGUCACCGUUCCCCAGAUGAUCAAGUCUGAUGCCAGCUUGUAUUGUGAUGAUGUUGACAUUAGGUUCAGUAAAACGAUGAAUUCCUGCAAGGUCCUCCAGAUCCGCUAUGCAAGCGUGGAACGGCUCCUGGAGAGGCUGACGGACCUGCGGUUCCUGAGCAUUGACUUUCUGAACACAUUCCUGCACUCGUACCGCGUCUUCACCACCGCCCUGGUCGUCCUCGACAAGCUCAUCACGAUCUACAAGAAGCCGAUCAGCGCCAUCCCUGCCCGGUCCUUGGAGCUCCUGUUUGCCAACAGCCAGAACAACAAGCUGCUCUACGGCGAGCCCCCCAAGUCCCCCAGGGCCAACCGCAAGUUCUCCUCGCCGCCCCCCCUCUCCAUCACCAAGUCCUCGUCCCCCAGCCGGCGCAGGAAGCUCUCCCUGAACAUCCCCAUCAUCACGGGGGGGAAGGCGCUGGACCUGGCUGCGCUCAGCUGCUCCUCCAACGGCUAUGCAAGCAUGUACUCAUCCAUGGCCCCGUUCAGCAAGACCACUCUGGACAUAAACAAACUGUACGUGUCCAGUAACUAUCCCAACAAAAUCCCCGACGAAGGAGAAGCAGCCUCAGAAAAACAAGAGGAAUCGCUGCCGAGCAAGCCAAGUUCAGACGUGUCUGUCAGGGAGGAGUCCGACACUGACCCCAACCAGAGCGACGAGGCAGAGGCUGAAACUUCCCCCACAAAGUCUCCGACUACUCCAAAGUCCAUCAAGUGCAAAAACUCAUCAGACUUCUCCUUGUUUUCCUACAACAACGGCGUGGUGAUGACGUCCUGCCGGGAGCUCGACAGCAACCGCAGCGCCCUGUCCGCCGCCUCCGCCUUCGCCAUAGCCACGGCGGGUGCCAACGAGGGGACGCCCACCAAGGAGAAGUACCGGAGGAUGUCCCUUGCCAGCGCAGGCUUCCCGACCGACCAGCGGAACGGGGACAAGGAGUUUGUGAUCCGGAGAGCGGCCACCAACAGGGUCCUCAACGUGCUGCGGCACUGGGUCUCCAAACACUCACAGGACUUUGAAACCAACGAGGAGCUGAAGUUCAGAGUGAUUAGCUUUCUGGAGGAAGUUAUUCACGAUCCUGAGCUCCUGACCCAGGAGAGGAAAGCAGCAGCCAACAUUAUAAGGACUCUGACGCAGGAGGAUCCCGGAGACAACCAGAUAACGCUGGAGGAGGUGGUGCAGAUGGCUGAGGGAGUCAAAGCAGAGCCUUUUGAAAAUCACUCGGCGCUGGAAAUAGCAGAGCAGCUGACGCUGCUCGACCACCUCGUCUUCAAGAAGAUCCCCUACGAGGAGUUCUUUGGGCAAGGCUGGAUGAAGCUUGAGAAGAACGAAAGGACUCCUUACAUCAUGAAGAACACAAAGCACUUCAACGACGUCAGCAACUUGAUAGCGUCUGAGAUCCUGCGCAACGAGGAGAUCAACGCGCGAGUGAGCUCCAUCGAGAAGUGGGUGGCGGUGGCAGACAUCUGCCGGUGCCUGCACAACUACAACGCCGUGCUGGAGAUCACCUCCUCCCUCAACCGCAGUGCCAUCUUCCGCCUGAAGAAAACCUGGCUCAAGGUCUCCAAGCAGACGAAGGCUCUGAUCGACAAGCUGCAGAAGCUGGUGUCGUCCGAGGGCAGGUUCAAGAACCUGAGGGAGGCGCUGAAGAACUGCGACCCUCCUUGUGUCCCCUACCUGGGGAUGUACCUGACCGACCUGGCCUUCAUAGAGGAGGGGACCCCGAAUUACACUGAGGACGGGCUGGUGAACUUCUCCAAAAUGAGGAUGAUUUCCCACAUCAUAAGAGAGAUCCGCCAGUUCCAGCAAACCUCCUACAAGAUCGAGCACCAGCCUAAGGUGACGCAGUACUUGCUGGACCAGUCGUUUGUGAUGGAUGAGGAAACCCUUUACGAGGCGUCUCUGCGAAUAGAGCCCAAGCUGCCUUCCUGAAGCCCGAGAGCGGCCGGCGGCUGCUCGUGUACACACGCUAUAGCAUACUGUACAUAGCUCCUUGUUCAUGUCGGACGCCCUGGAGUGACUCCCACGUAUGUGCUUCUCCGAGCAAACCCAGCCCCUCGGUAUUAGGCCGCAGUAGACCUCGCGUAGGAUUUCCCCGCGUUGUUUAAGGUUUCACGCGUCGACACUUUGCUGGAGUCCCGGUUUCUUUUUGAUGAUGUUAUUUUUGUCAUUUGUUCUUCUCGCGGGGGUUGGGGACGGCAGGGCGGCGGGCCCUACACCAGCCGCGCGGGCGCUCGCCUCCCUCGCCCAGCCUGGCACGGGGAGCGGCUGCAGGGCAGGGGGACGCGGCUGGCGC